CUCACUUCCUUACUUCUUUCCCUCGCCACAAGACAGAGCAAGUAAUGCAUCGUGUUCGUCAUGCCGGCAGCCCAGGUCCUGAAUCCAACACUUGUUCCUCCGCAGCUUUAUGAGGUCAAACGCUGUCUACUCUUAAGGCCUUGGGCUACGACCCACAGACCAUGGUUGAGCGUGGAGUUCUGUGGGCUGAGACUAGGACCCAUUUGGCCAUAUCACGCAGUCCCGAUAUACGCAAUUCUUGGGGACAUGCUUCCAUUGCGUUAUGGAGAGCUACGAUGAUUUCUUUAGCGGAUUAAAGUAUAAGGACAUGAUUAACGCUAAGACUGUGAUCCCUGCGGUUCAAAAACGUGACUUGGAUAUUCAUAAGCAGGCCAAAUAUCUCAAUUCACUCAGUAUUAGCUCAUUGUGGCGUAUCACAGAGCUGACACGCAAUCAUGGUGCAAUGUCCCCUUUUUCCUUGAACAGUAAGCCACUGUCUCCGAAUUUGAAGACUCGGUGACCUACGUGGACGUCCGGAUGAGCCGGCCAAUCGACAUUCGCACUCUCGGCGGCGGAUGGCCCAGGCUGUUUGAAGGUAUCACGAAAAGUUCCGAACGUUCAGCUGCUCCCAAAGAGAAAUGAGAUAGCGAACAUUCCAAGGCCAAAUUGUGUAGCCAUAAAGUAGUCAUCCCACACGAAGAGCUCCCAGCGCCAUAUCGACAGGCCGAUGAGAAUUCCGGUGACACAGUCAACGGAGUCCUACGCUUCAGAGAGUCGGUCUGCGAGCCAGUCGGCCUUGGCCAUCAAAGAGUCUAAACGUAUCGGCAGUAUGAAGGGUGGGAUCAAGAGCUUACAGAAGUAUACGUACAGCUCGUCGUCUGAAGCUGAUAUUCUUGAUGCCAAAUAGUUUGACACCGGUAUUCUAG